AUGAGCUGCCGGGGUCGUCCCCUAUUCCGCUUCGAGCGCUACGUCCGUGCCGCCCCCGUACGUUACGACCCCUUCCUCUCAGCUGCCAAACCCACCAUGGUAUCCGCUCCCGAUCGCCAUCGCCAUGUUCGUCUCUCCUCGUUUCAUCACGUUACUAUCCCACCGGUCAACUCACCGCCUCUCAGUCUUUGCCACGGAUCAACACUGACGACAAUGUCCCAAAAGCUCAUCGUCGUCGUGGGCGCCACGGGCAACCAAGGCGGCUCCGUUGCUCGCCGCUUCCUGGCCGCUGGCUACCGCGUCCGCGCUCUCACCCGCGACACCAAAUCCCCAUCCGCUACUGCCCUUUCCACUCUCGGGUCCGAUGUGGAGCUCGUGAUCGCAGACCUUGAAGAUGUCGCCUCCAUCGAAGAAGCUUUCAAGGGUGCAAAUGUCAUCUUCAGCGUCACAAACUACUGGGAACCCUUCUUCCGACCAGACUGUCGCACGAAGGCACAGGAGCAGGGCAUUUCCUGCCGGAAGUUCGCGUAUGAUGUCGAGUUGCGCCAGGGACGGAAUAUUGUCGAUGCUGCGGCCAAGACAGUGGACUCGCUUGACAAGAACGGGUUUUUGGUUUCAACAUUGAGUCACGCUGAGAAAUGCAGUGGUGGGAAAUUUAAAGAGCUGUAUCACUUUGAUUCCAAGGCUGAGGUGUUUCCUGGCUACGUGAACGAAAAGUAUCCCGAGCUCGCGGCGAAGAUGUCGUGCAUCCAUACUGGGUACUUCUACACAAGCUACAACAUUCUUCCCAACUCAUACUUUGGCAAGAACUCCGAUGGCACAUUCACCAUGGCGUUCACAACCUCUCCUGACAAGCCUGUCCCGCAUUUCUCCCCUGUCGAUGAUAUGGGCAACUUCACCUACGCCGUUUCCCAAAUGCCGCCCGGCAAGGCUUACAUGGCCGAAGGAACAACUGCCACUUGGCCCCAGUUCCUAGAGACAUGGGCAAAGGUAAAUGGAGUACAAGCCAGCUAUAAGCAAAUUACGCCAGAAGAGAUGAUUGAGGCGACUGGAGAGCGCGACACUGGUCUCGAAGUCGCAUACAUGUUUUCAUAUUCCUCGGACCCAGGUUACGAUGGCGGCAUGGAUUUGCUGACCGCAGCUGAUCUUCAAAAGGCUGGUAUUGAUUGUCCCAUGACGACUUGGGAAGAAUGGUCCAAAAAGAACGAUUGGUCUCCUGUACUAGACAAAUGA